AUGAGCCUGGACAGUUCCUCGAGCAAUAGCAGCCACCAACUGGGCAACAGUUUCGUGAAGAUCUUCUACCGCAUCCACCCGGCCGAUAAAUUGCAAUUCGACACGGUGAAGUUGCGGAGCAACAGCAGGAUAUACGUGAAGAAGACGGUGCACUUGAAGCCGGACGCCUCGGAUUACUGGGAGUUCGAGACCGACGGCGUGUUCAACAACAGCAAGCAGGAGGAGGUGUUCCAAAAGGUCGUGGACCGUUCCUUGGAAAAGUUGGAGUACGGGCACAAUGCCGUGAUUGUGUGCUUUGGAAAACCCGGCACUGGGAAAUCGGCCACUUUAGCUGGAUUGGAGUUUACAGAAGAAAACUACGGGUUGGCUCCGAGGAUAAUAAAAGAGUUGCUGAGGAUCAAACAAGCGCAAAAGAACAGGCGCAUCUGCAUAAAGAUGUCGUACGCGGAGUUCUCCAAAAUGACAGUGUACGAUUUACUCAAAGAGUACCCGCAUUGCGUCAAUGACAACAUGAAACUAUCGCAAAAACUGGUCAGAAAGAAGGUCAGAUCGCAAUUGGAAGCCCUGAAAGAACUUUACGCCGCUGAAGGUCGUAAAAUAACAAAGAGAGUAAAAAACUACAUGUCUCAUGUAAACAACAGCGUUUUAACAUUCUACGUAACCACAGAAGAUACGGAAUACAACAUUCAUAAGCAGAUAACAGGAAAGAUUCAUUUGGUGGACAUGGCUGGAUCGGAUUGCUUUGGAUCGAUAUCCAGCAUGUUGAAAGACAAAUACGAAAUAUCCGAGGCCAAUUUGAACAAGACCUACAUGGAGCAGUUUUUUCUGGCGCUGUGCACCAGGUCCAAAGAGAUGAUUAAAAUCAAAAGUAGAAUGAACCCGUUCAUUUAUUUUCUUGGAGACGACCUGAAAGGUCAAAGCGCUUUGAGAUUUAUUGGACACAUAACAACAUUGAAAGAGGACGCCACGUUAACAGUAUCUAUGCUGAAGUUCGGUCAAAUCGUCAGAGGUUUCAAGCCUACCAUAGUUAAUUUAGAAUACGAAAUCAGUCCCGAACACAAAUUAAAGUAUUUGCAGGACAAAGUAAUCGAACUGCAAAACGAGAGAAUCCAAAGCUCGAUACUCCUCAAUCAGGACAUGAGCAUCUGCAUGAACUGCGACAGAAUCAAACACCUCAAGAAGACAGUCAAGGAGUACCUCCAGAACCAGAUCAGCGAAAUCGAAGUGAUGUCCGUGGCGGACGCGUCCACCGUCUUCAGGCACUUCAAGGACUUAGUGGAUCAAAUGGAGAAUGAAAUCAAGUUGCUCAAAGACGCCAGUUCGAAGAGGGACUCGGACACCUCCAUACCCGUGAAAAAAACACUGAAAAAGAAACGCAGCGGCACCUCCGUCCAAACCGCCGUCUCCGAGCAAGUCAUCCUGCUACCUGAAGAGGAUCACUUGAGGCAACAGAUCAGGCAACACACUAAGAUGUCGGAAGCCAAGAGAGAGUCGUACUCGAUGUCCGAAUUCUCCAUCGGCAAGAGCAAGAAGAACAAAUCGCGCAGCGCCCUGGCGAGGGUGUCGUUGCGCCGGCGCUCCUUCUCCGGCAACGUCAGCAACGAGCAGUUGGCCGAUCAGUACGUGGUGCCCGACAACGUGCCGGAGAACAUGGAGGUGUGGAACGACUACGUCAAGAACAGCCAGUACACGCUGAUCGCCGAGCAGUACAGGGAGAACGAGAAGAGCGUCCUGGACUCGUACAGCGAGUACAUCAACGAGAUGAAGCUGUUGCAGGAGUACAAGCACCAAACGGAAGCCAUGAAGCAGGAGCUAUUGGAAGCGAAGGUGCUGAUGGAGUUCAAGGAGAAAUCGGGCGGUGUGGACGAGCAGACCGAGCAAAUAUUGAACGAGGCCGAUUCGAUUUGUAUGAGGAACAUGGUGAAAGCGGAGAAAUCGAUGCUGGACCAGCAGGAAAUCGUCCUGAGGUGUCUGUCAGAGUUCAAAAUCUACCUGAACAAUCGCAAGGAAUUGAAGAAGAAACUGAACGAAGACUAUGACAGUUACUGCAAAACCAAAUUGAACAUGUCGCUGCCGGCUGCGAAGAGUUUCAGCGAUUUGGAUAUGAUACCCGAAGCGCAACGGAUCGAAAUUGACGAUAAGUGUAGAGACGAACCCCACGCUAACGUGGACAAAGAGGUUUUGGAGCAUGAAAGGAAGAAACAGCAUACGAUCUUGACCAAAGUUAUGCUGUACGAAAAGAAGAAGAUUGAAAGGGAAAAGUAUUACAACAAGCCGUACCGUUUGGUACCGCUUCCGGUCCAUCGCGAUGCGCCCACUCGAUACAAACCGGUUGCCCCCGAUUGUCCCUGA